UAAUUAUGUGAAUCAUAUUCUCAAGCAAAGCUGUCAAAUCCCCAGAAAAAGAAUUAAUCCAUUUAUUUACGGAACAAUAGAUCUUCUUUUUUUUUUUUUUGGUCAACGUCAAAAAAAGAAAUUUCUAUUUAGUAUUUACCUUAUUUUCAAAUCAGACCUAUAUAUAUACAUACACACACACAGAGAUUCGUGUACUAAUUUUACUUUCAUAGACUCAAAAAUUAAGAUACGAUAUAUAAUGGCGUCGUUUGUCUUUGUGAUUUCUCUUCUUCUUCUCUCUCUUUCGUCCGCUGUUUUCUCCGAUGACGCGUCUUUCCAGAAACUUCCGGUGCCGGGAAAGAGGUCAGGCCCUGAAUCUUUCGCCUUUGAUUCCACCGGCAACGGAUUCUACACCGGAGUCUCCGGUGGUAAAAUCCUCAAGUACGUUCCCGACAAGGGUUAUGUCGAUUUUGCCCAGAUCACAGAAUCCUCGAACUCGGCAUGGUGCAACGGAGCACUUGGAACCGCUUUCGCAGGAAAGUGCGGUCGACCAGCGGGAAUAGCCUUAAACAGCAAAACAGGUGAUCUCUAUGUCGCCGAUGCUCCAUUGGGUCUUCAUGUUAUCCCUCCCGCCGGAGGUUUGGCCACAAAGCUCGCCGAUAGUGUUGACGGAAAACCCUUCAAGUUUCUAGACGGUCUUGACGUUGAUCCCACUACCGGCGUCGUCUACUUCACUUCCUUCAGCUCCAAGUUUGGUCCCCGCGAAGUGUUGAUCGCAGUGGGAUUAAAAGACGCGAGUGGAAAGCUCUUCAAAUACGACCCAGCGACCAAAGCGGUGACUGAGUUAAUGCAAGGACUAAGUGGUGCGGCUGGUUGCGCCGUGAGCUCAGAUGGUUCGUUCGUGGUGGUUAGCGAGUUCAUAAAGAGUAACAUCAAGAGAUAUUGGAUCAAAGGACCCAAAGCUGGAACUAUUGAAGACUUCUCAAGUCUUGUCUCGAACCCCGACAAUAUCAGGAGGGUAGGUUCUACCGGAAAUUUCUGGGUCGCCUCAGUCGUGAACAAGGUUGUCAUGCCUACCGACCCUAAGGCGGUCAAACUAGACGCUAAUGGAAAAGUGCUUCAGACCAUUUUCCUCAAGAAUGAGUUUGGGAAUACUUUGCUUAGUGAAGUCAACGAGUUCAACGGCCAUCUUUACAUCGGAACUCUUACUGGACCUUUCGCCGGAGUCAUGAAACUUUAAAUUGGUGAUUACCAAUUUUGAAAUCGUGUUGAAAUGUCUCUUUAUAUUUCAACCAUAAUAAACUUAUAAUAUCACCUCAAAUUUCCUGCUUGUAAGGUGGGUGACACAUUUGUUCGGUGAUUCCUUGAAUAGGCUAGCUACUACUACUUAAUUGUUUCCAAUUUUCAGAGAGAUAAUCUCUAAUUUUUAAGGCUUUGGUCUUCUUUGUUUCCCUUUUGUUUACUUAAUAAAGACGACAUACAAUCAAAAACAGAUAAGUAUUUAAUUUAUACUUAAAAAUAAA